AUCCUUUCGAAAACAUAGAACAACAGCAGCAGCAAUAACAAAAUGAGUCAAUGUCUGCCUGUGAACGCGAAGAUGUCGAAAGCAAAGAAAGUAUUGGAUGAAGCCAGGGAAACCCAAAACCGGGAACUGGACCUGGUGGAGAAGGGUCUCACCUCCUUCGAGGAGCUUCCCGGACUGUUCAACAUGUCUAACAUCACCAGACUGACGCUGUCGCACAAUAAAAUUAGUGUGAUCAGUCCGGGAAUUGCGAAUCUGCUGAACUUGGAGAUUCUCAAUCUGUCGAACAACCAACUGGCCGAGCUCCCAGUGUCGCUGUCGUCCAUGCCAAAGCUGCGCAUCCUGAAUGUGUCCAUUAAUCGGCUGGUGAACCUGCCGCGUGGCUUUGGCGCCUUUCCCGUCCUGGAGGUACUCGACCUGUCGUACAAUAACCUGAGCGAGCAAGUGCUGCCCGGCAACUUCUUUGGCAUGGAGACGCUGCGCGCCCUGUAUCUGGGCGACAACGACUUCGAGUAUAUACCGCGGGAGCUGGGCCAGCUGAAGAAUCUGCAGAUACUUGGCCUGCGCGACAACGACCUGUUGGAGCUGCCGCGGGAGAUUGGGGAGUUGGCGCGUCUGCGAGAGCUGCACAUCCAAAACAACAGGCUGCAGGUACUUCCGCCCGAGGUGGCUCAGCUGGAUCUGUUGAGCAACAAGUCGGUGAUGAAAAUGGAGGAGAAUCCCUGGGUCAACCCCAUUGCCGAGCAAUACUUGUUGGGCAUCAGUCACGUGAUUGAUUACCUCAAAACGGAGACCUACAAAAUCAUUUACAAUCGCCACAUGCAGGCCGGACGCAGUGGACCACCGCCACCCAAGGCCGACAAGAGCAAGAAGGCCUCUCGAAUACGCGCAUAGUUGGUGGAGCCUUCUGCCCUCUACUCAAAUGUGUUCGCCUCGUUCGUUGUUAACCAAAACCGUUUUUGUAUACUAAUUUUUAAGUAUUUGUAACUUAUUGUCCCAGAGUGCCUUCAACAUUUUGCUAACUAAUAUUAAAAAUGAUUUAAAAAGUGUA